AUGAAUGACUUCAUCUGUUUAUCUUGCCGCGCCCAAGGGUGGACCGAUGCACAGCUUCUGGGUGUCUUUCUUGAUGGGCUUAAGAUGGACUUAAAAGAUGAUGUCUUAGCCCUGGGCCCUCGUUCGUUGGCCCGCACCAUUGAUCUUACCCGUAUCUACGAUAAUAAGCAACAACAGCGUCGCACUUCUUUCAGCUCAUACUCUUCUCGCCCUUCCCACGAGGUCCCGGCAGCAUCAUCGAUGGUGUUUGUUUCCCACACCAAACCACAUCUCUCCUCCCCAACCCAGCUACCGCUGCACCUAUCUCCAGCCGAAGUCCAUGUCGCAGCUGUCUCUGAAGUUACCUCCGACUUGAUCCUCGAAGACACUCCGCCCGUGUCUGACGAGCCCUUACUGGAUGAGACAGUGCCCAUUGCCCUCAACACCCUGGUUUCGCCCAAACGCACCCAAGGGCGUGUCAUGCACCUUGUAGGGUACAGUGACACAUUGCCUAUCUGGGUUUUCAUCGACUCUGGCGUGGACUUUAAUUUCCUCAGCCCCUCGAUCGCGAUGCAUCUUGGCUUGCGCAUCGAUCAUUCUCUGGUGGAACAAGUGGUUGUCGCUAAUGGGAGUAUCUGCUAUACCCAAGGUAUCGCUUACAACUUUACAAUGACCCUGCAUGACUAUACAUUUUCCUCUGACAUUCGCUUACUUGCGGUACGAGGCUGCAAUUUGUUCCUCGAGGCUGAGUGGUUAGAAACUUUAGGUUUUAUUGGGUGGCAUUUCAAGCACAAAGUCAUGGAGUUUCAAAUUAAGGGCCAUAAUUAUCGCUUGGUGGGACUCCACUCCUCGGAUUCUCCUCCCCAUUUGCCUUCAUCACCGUCGGCAUCCUCCAGACCCCACAUUGAGUCCCUUCUCGCCUCUCUUUUGAGUGCUUCUUCACCACCUGAGGCGGUCCACCCUAUACACCCAUCACUCAUCUCCCUUCUGGACAGCUACUCAGACCUCUUUGUUGCUCCAACGGGCCUUCCUCCUCAUCAGGAAUUUGAUCACAUAAUCACUUUGUUGCUAGGUACUCAUCUAUCAAUGUCUGUCCUUACCACUACACCCAUGUUCAAAAAAACUGAAAUGGAAAAACAGGUGGAUGAAAUGCUUGCCGCAUGCCUCAUUCGACCCAGCUCCAAUCCAUUCUCUUCUCCCGCACUCUUGGUUCACAAAGUCGACCUGACUUGGUGCUUUUGUGUGGAUUACAGGGGCCUUAAUCAAGUGACUGUCAAAUUUUCAUUCCCGGUUCCCAUCAUCGAUGAGCUUCUUGACGAACUCCGGGGUGCUAAGAUCGUUUCUAAGUUAAAUCUCCAGUACGGAUUUCACCAAAUUUGUAUGUAUGAACUGGACAUUCCGAAGACAGAUUUUCGCACCCAUGACGGGCAUUUUGAAUUUUUGGUCAUGCCUUUUGGCCUGUGUAAUGCGCCCUCCACAUUCCAAACACUCAUGAACUCCAUCUUCAAGCCAUUUUUACGUAAGUUUGUCUUGGUUUUUUUCGAUGAUAUCCUCAUCUUUAGCCCCAACUUACCUACUCAUCUGUAUAAUAUAACCUUUGUCUUUGAUGUUCUUAGAGCACAUGCUCUGAAAGUGAAGCAAUCUAAAUGCUCCUUUGGCCAACCUAUGGUGGCCUACCUUGGUCACAUAAUUUUGGCCGCAAGUGUAGCUGUGGACUCUCAAAAGGUGCACUGCAUCAUGAAAUGGCCUCAACCCCACACUCUCAAAGCCUUGCGUGGGUUCUUGGGCCUUGCUGGCUAUUUACCCAAAAUUUGUGCGUCAUUUCAGCCUUCUCGCUCGCCCUCUAACAUAUCUGAAAAUUUGUGCGACAUCUUCAUUUUUAAUCUUUAA